AUGGACCAACUCGCUCAGAAACUGGCAAACCAGAAGCGGCGAGCGUUAGGAACGUGCGCCGUUUUACUGUGGGGGCCACCGGGCUGUGGGAAAAGCCAUAUUGCACGAGAAUAUCUGUGGCGCCACCAGAACGAAUAUCCAGCCGGCUGUUUCUGGGUCGACUCCAAGAGCAAAGAAUCACGCUCGAAGAGUUUUUGGGAUAUUGCUCAAGCUGUUGCGAUAUUGGGAAAGGACGAACCCCGUGACCCUGGGUGGGAUGAAUCAUCAAGGUUCGUUGACAUGGUGCGGAAAUGGUUCGAAGCCCGAGAGGGUUGGCUGCUCGUAUUUGAUGGGGUGACAACGGAUAAUGACGAAGACAUCGAAGCGUUUGUCUCCUAUAUUCCGGAUCGCUCAGGCAACAACAUCAUUUACACAUCAGUAGAUCGAACGUUGGCUAAGCGACAGAGAUUACUCAACCCGGCGGGCCUCAAAGUGUUCCCCUUGUCACAGCAUGAUGCGUGUUCUCUCCUCUACAAGAAUCUGGGAAUCAAAUCACCAACCGAAGUGCAGGCCAAAAAGGCGACACAAUUGGUGAAACAUUACGAAUGCCUACCUCUUGCUCUCCACGCCGCCGCCCACUCCUUGAUCGCCAGAGGGACAUCGCUCGAAAAGUUCAGUCUUGGAACGUCCGAUCAUCGGCUGGCAGAUCCCUACCUUGAUAUUGUCUCAGCGCUGAGAGAACAUUCACAUCCCGAGGCUGUCAAUAUGCUUACAUUGCUCAGCUUUUUUGCGCAUGUGAUACCGGUAGCUCUCAUUCGCUUUGGGCAGCCUGUCUUGCAGGAAUUUGGUAUCGAAAUUCGUUCGAUAGAACGAAUAGGAAGCUUAAAGAAAGAGCUAGACAAUACGAUCGCCGUUCUUAUUCGGUAUGGGUUGGUCGAGCGGACACUACUUGAAUACUGCAUCACACCAUCAAAAACUUCCUUCUCGCAAGAAGAAUCCAACUGGAUCGGACAUAAUACCACCGACAGUGUGGGUACGACGGGGACCAUUGUCGAAACAGAACGAAACAGAGUAAGGCUGCUCAAGGAGGACUCCAGUAGUCUCGAAGGAAUAGUAUGGGCUCGCCCGGGGAGCAGAUUGGAUGAAUCAUCUUCCAAGUCGAUGACCUACAGCAUUGACAUUCUUCGCAUUCACAGCGUUGUGCAAAAGGUCCUUCUAGACGAGCUGAAACUUCGAUAUGCAGAUCAACCAGCACAUUUCUGGUGGUGGCUCUGUGUAGCCUCGAAAAUGCUGUGCCACUCUUACAUGGUCGCAGACGGCAAAAUCAAGAACACCGAAGGACGAGGUCUUGUGCGCGACUAUCGUGACUAUGAGACGCAGGCGGCCCGGUUAUGGUCACACUUUCCCAAAUCCUCCACUGAUGCCUCGCCAACGUUGCGCAAAACCCGGCACAAUCUUCAUGAAACUAUUCGAUCGAUCAAGAAGGAAAUUCAAUGUCAAUCUCCAUCACAAUCCACCGACGGUCUUCAUCAUCGAGUACAAUUCUCCGUAUUUGAACGCGCCAGCAGCACGUCUUCGGACGGUCCUAGCACCGGGAGCAGUGCUCUGACCAGGACAUCUACCUGGACGCCGGAGCAUGUUGACGAUCAGACUGAAUCACCAGUCCAAAUGCAUCUUGGACUGGAUUUGGAUGAUGGGGAGUCCGAAGGAAGCUGGACGGAUAGGUGGUCUCAAUCUGGAAUGGACAACUCUAAGGUCCUGUUCCCAGGCACAGGUCGAAGCCGACGUCCCAGCAACUCUGAUUUAUAUGUGACGUCGCCUGCAGAAACGAGCCUGGGUGAUGUCCACCAACCUUCGAUUCUACAAGCGAUAUUUCAGGGCCGGCCUCCUCACUCUAAAAGGCCAAAGGACCUGGGGGAGUGGAAACCCUUGCCAGUUCCACCUACUUUGUCUCGCGAACAAGUCCAGAUCCACUCAAGAGCCUCCUCAUUUACUAGCGGUAGCGAUGACCGUACUGCGACAAGACCGACUUCUACAGGAUCAGAAGCAUCUGGAGCUCUCGCGGCGAUUCAUCGGGCUAGCCCCCCUCCCACAAGAGGUGGAAGAAUAAAAUCACCUACGCGUCUACAAUGUGCCAGGCCAGCAUCAGAUGAAGGACGUCUGCCACUAUCCACAAAAUCCCCAAAUCAGAAAAUGUCACCCUUGGCUACGGAAUUUCUGCCGAGCCGAUCUCUGCCGACUUACGACUCAUCCGAUAUUGCUCGAAGACACACCAGGCAUACCUCAUCCUCGCCCCGGCUGACGCAUACCGCGCUGAACAACCAAACGGCUACGAAGAUGGUCCCUUCAUUUCCACAGAACGAGAAUAUUACAAUUUCACAACAUCCUGAAUUUUCAAGCAUGCGAAGUCCUUCGAAGCGUUAUUCAAGACAAGAAGCAGAUGGUCUACUUUCUGCAAAGUCCGUUCUUACAGGCUAUAGCUCGCAGCCCAUGUCACGCGAUACAUCUAAGGACUCGACUACGUCACACGCAACAGCCCCCCCGGCAAUGCCUGGGUCGGCCUCACUGGGUACCUCUCCACAAAUACGUGAGCCUUAUCUGUACAGCAGACCAGGCUUGACUUCCAUUGACGUGGCUUCUGCAAAUUCAUGGGACGACAACCUAGCUAGCGCGGCUGAUCUAGACGAAACCCUUCCACUUAUGACUAGUAUAUCCUUCACAGGCAGAGACAUUUUUGAGAGGCACCACGAAGGGCUGGGAAGUAGUGUUCAAUUUGGCCAAAUGUCUCCAGUGGAGCUUGAUAGGGCACGAGCGCGUGUCUCAAUAGCCCGUGGACGGAGUGUGGAUGGUCGGUUGGAGAAAAGCCCCAGCGAAAGAGGCGUCUCGGGAGUGGACAGGACCUGA